GCGCACAACACCCGCACCGGGCGGCGGCGCGGCACGGCUCGGCGCGGCUCCGCUCCGGGAGGCUCACGGGGCCGGGACAGGAUGGCGGCCCCCGAGGCCGGCAGCACAGGUGGGGUGAUCAGCUACGUGGGCUCCAGCGGCGCUUCUCCCACCCGCACCAGCCCCGUGUCCCUCUGCAGCGACAGCUCCAACAGCAGCUCCCAGUCGGGCUCGCAGCCCUUCCCCACGUACUUCCCACCCUCGCCCACCGGCUCCCUCCAGGAUUCCCGCGCCUAUGGAGGAGCCACGCUGGCCCCCCAUGAAGACGGCUCCCCUUCCUCCUCCUCAUCAUCCUCCUCCACCUCCUCUUCCUCAUACAACUCCUCGGUGAAUUUCCCCGGGGUGCAGCCGGUCCCCGCGGACGAGCGGCGCCGCAGCUCGCCAAGUAAAGGCGGCAGCACCGUCACGAAGCUCAACGGGAUGGUGCUGCUCUGCAAGGUCUGCGGGGACGUCGCCUCCGGCUUCCACUACGGCGUCCACGCCUGCGAGGGCUGCAAGGGCUUUUUCCGCCGCAGCAUCCAGCAGAACAUCCAGUACAAGAAGUGCCUCAAGAACGAGAACUGCUCCAUCGUCCGCAUCAACCGCAACCGCUGCCAGCAAUGCCGCUUCAAGAAGUGCCUGCUGGUCGGCAUGUCCCGUGAUGCCGUGCGCUUCGGGCGCAUCCCCAAGCGGGAGAAGCAGCGGAUGCUGGCGGAGAUGCAGAGCGCCAUGGGCGGCAUGGCCACCGCCCCACCGCCGAUACCGGGGCCCGGCGAAGGUCCCGCCGCGGGCGGGGGCCACGCACCGCCCCCCGGCCCCCCACCUCUCGCCCCCCCGGCCUGCUUCUCCCAGUUCCCCCAGCAGCUGACACCGCCCCGCUCUCCCAGCCCCGGGGGGGCCACCGAGGACGUGAUCGCGCAGGUGGCCAAAGCGCACAAGGAGAUCUUCAUCUACGCGCACGACAAGCUGGGACCCCCUCCCGCCUGCGACAGCGGCAUUCUGCGCUGGGACGCGCCCCCCGCCUGGACCCCCGGCCCCCCCGAGCCCCGGCUGUGCCCCACCGCCUACCCCGAGCCCCCGGCCCCGCGGGGGUGCCCCUGGCCCCGCGGCCCCAAGGACGUGCUGCCGGCGUGCCCCAUGAACAGCCACGUCCCCGGCCGCAGCGGGCGCUCCGUGCAGGAGAUCUGGGAGGAUUUCUCCCUCAGCUUCACCCCCGCUGUCCGCGAGGUCGUUGAGUUCGCCAAGCACAUUCCCGGCUUCCAGGCGCUCUCCCAGCAUGACCAGGUCACCCUGCUCAAGGCUGGCACCUUUGAGGUGCUGAUGGUUCGCUUCGCGUCGCUGUUCGACGUGAAGGAGCAGACGGUGACGUUCAUGAGCCGCACACGGUACGGGCUGGAGGAGCUGUGGGCCAUGGGCAUGGGGGACCUGCUCGGGGCCAUGUUCGACUUCAGCGAGAAGCUCAGCGCCCUUGAGCUCAGCGAUGAGGAGCUGGGGCUCUUCACCGCCGUCGUGCUCGUCUCGGCAGACCGCUCGGGCAUGGAGGACACGGCAUCGGUGGAGCAGCUGCAGGAGACGCUGCUGCGGGCCCUGCGCGCCCUCGUGCUGAAGACGCGCCCGGCCGAGACCUCGCGCUUCACCAAACUGCUGCUGAAGCUGCCGGACCUGCGCACCCUCAACAACCUCCACUCCGAGAAGCUGCUCUCCUUCCGCAUCGACGCCCAGUAGUGCCCCCCGGAGCCCCCCGCACUCCCCUGUACAUACACCACAGCGGGGGGACACACAGACAUCCCCCUCCCCCGGGGCACCACCGACCCCGUGGCGCCCGUCGGACUUGCAGGGAUUCACCCCAAGGUGGGCACCAGGAUGCUGGGACCCCCCCCCACCCCACCCCAAAUCGGGCACCGCCCCCACGGCACCGCUGGCAGCGCCGGGGGGUCCCCUCGCCCCGACACCCCCAUUCUGGCGCCGGGGGUGGGACGCAGAGGCCGGAUCCAGCCGUGCUGGGGGGGUGGGUCUAGAACGGGGGGAGGGGGGGGUCGAGGGGUGGGGGGGUUUGGUUGGUUGGUUUUUUUUUCAUCAUAUAUUUAUUACAUAAAUAUAUAGUAAAAUAGACCAGCAACAAUUACCAUAAAAA